CGUGUACACAUCAAUACACAACAUUGGUGCAAUAUAGUACGGUUGUUUAUUUUUACUUUUUUUGAAAUUUUACACAUUCAGUGACAUUUAAAUCUGACCUUUGCACCGUAAUUUCGCAUGGGUUACACAUUUAUACGAAGGUAUACACAUCAUAUUUUUAACAUGUUAAUUAAAAGACAGGAAAGGUGAUUUUACAUAUAUAUAAACUUUAUAGAUAUUUUGUGCUUAUAAAAAGGACACAUAAGGAAUAGAAAAUGGGAGGGAAAAAUGUGGUUAUAGCUAUGGAUGGAAGCGAACAUUCCAAAUUUGCAUUUAAAUGGUUUGUCGAUAAUUGUAGAAACGAAGAUGACCAUAUUUACAUCGUCCAUGCAGUAGAGAUGCAUGUUCCUUCACAAAAGUUCUUGUCCUCGUAUGCAUUUGAUCCAGAUGUACUAGCGUCUAUGUUGAAGAAAGAAAAAGAACGCGUAACACAAGAAUUACAGCAAUACGGUACAUUGCUUAAGGAAUCUGGGGUUAAUGGAACAGUUAAAAGCGUCCAUACUGCAAAUCCAGGAGAAGGUAUAGUCAAAUCGGCUACAGAACUAGACGCCGCUCUUAUUGUAACCGGAACUCGUGGUUUAGGCAACAUUCGACGCACUCUAAUAGGAAGUACAAGUGACUACAUUCUUCAUCAUGCUCACGCUCCAGUUAUGAUUUGUCGUCUUCCACAUUGAUAUACCAAAUUAAAAAGAGUUCUCGUUCUUAGUAUAGUGAACAAAUUUUGUUUCUUCAUUUGUUGAGCAAAUAUCAUUUUAGAGUCUGUUCGUCUCAGUAUAAAAUUAUGGUAUAAGACUGCAGUAAUAAACAACUGAAAACAGACUACUGAAAAUUAACAACAUAAUAAACUUCAAUAAAAUUUAGUCCAAAACCAAGUAUAAAAAGACAAUUAUUCAUCACUUGCCGUCGGUGGCCACCUUUCAUAGUUGGUUUUGCAUUUGAGGUUUUGGCAAACAUUGGUGAGUUUUAUCGUUUGAAUCUUUUUACAUUUUGUUAGGUUAUGGACUAUAGUAGCUGACUAUACGGGGUGGGUUUUACUCAUUGUUGAAGGCCAUGCGCUGAUCUAUUAACAGUUGCUUAAAGGCACAUCAUAUGGACACUGAGUUCGAGAAAUCCAAGUGAUCAUAUACACUUUUGUGGCUCAAUCUAAAUCUCAAAUGUUUGGAACUGGAAUGCAUUAAGCAGCACAUAAAAACAAUAAAUGUUAAUGCAAUUUAUCAUUUAUGUAUGGAGUAAUCAAACAUAGAAGUAUUAACAAUAUAAAUUGCUUGCUCAAAACUUUAAAUGAGUUUCAUUGGACAAAACAAAAACUGAACA